UUCACUCCCCCCCUCCUCCUCUUCCUCACCCUUCUUCCUCCCUCCUCCCUCGUCAGGCUUUUGCAGGCUGUGCGGCCGUCCGCUCCGCUUGGGCCCAAAUGACCGCAGACGGCUGACGGAUGGACCGUAGCAUGGAUGCAUACUUGGACCAGCAAGUGCCUUUCACUUUCGCAAACAAGUCUCAAGGAAAUGGGCCCCCAAAUAGACUGUUGAUGGCCGCCAAAAGGAAAUACAUGGACACAGAAUUGCCCCCUCAGGAAUCUGAAGACCUCUUCCAGGAUUUAAGCCAACUCCAGGAGACGUGGCUCACAGAAGCUCAGGUUCCUGACAGCGACGAGCAGUUUGUUCCGGAUUUCCACUCGGAGAACUCGGUGGCCUUUCACAGUCCGCCCGUCACCAUCAAGAAGGAGCCGCAGAGUCCGGGUUCGGACCCCAGCCAGUCGUGCAGCCACAAGCCCAACUUUGGGUACGUCGCCAAUGGAGAGCAGUGCCUUUAUGCCGGCGCCUAUGAGCAGAAACGGGCCGGCGCCGGGGUGGCCAAGCGCCCCUGCCCGGGCACCCCCUUGUCGCCCAUGCAGCAGCACUACUCGCCCAAACCGGCGGCGGCCGGCCGGCCCGAUGCCGGUUACAUGAACCCCGCUGCCGCAUCGCAGCCGCUGCCCAGCAACACGUACCCCCUCAAUGCCAGAUAUCAGGGCCAUUCGGGAGACCCCCUGGGCCCCCAGUUCCCCGCACCAUCGCAGGCCUUCCAGCGAAUGCCCCCCGCCCCGGCGGGCCACGGCUGCGGGGCCGGCGGCUACCACCGGCAGCACUCGGACCCCUGCGUGCCCUACCUGCAGCAGAGCUUCAAACAAGAAUAUAUGGACCCCCUCUAUGAACGGGCGGGUCAGGUGGGGGCGCAUGGCGCGGGACCGGGGCAUGGCCGCGGGCCCCACGCGCCCCAGCACUCGCACCUGCACCCGCACAGGUUCCCGCCGGCACAUAUGAUGGUCAAGCAGGAGCCCGCAGACUACACCUACGACGCAGAUGUGUCCGGAUGCCCUUCAAUGUACCAUCACCGUGAAGCCUAUCCGACCUCCCAGCCGACCCCUGAAGGUUAUGGGUUCGAGAACGACUCCCGCGUGGUCCCGGAGAAGUUUGAAGGCGAGAUGAAGCAGGAAGCGGGCGGCAGCGGUGGCGGCGUAUUCCGCGAGGGAACGCCUUACCAGCGGCGAGGCUCGUUGCAGCUGUGGCAGUUCCUGGUGGCCUUGCUGGACGACCCCGGGAAUGCGCACUUCAUCGCCUGGACCGGCCGGGGGAUGGAGUUCAAGCUUAUCGAACCCGAAGAGGUGGCCCGACUGUGGGGUAUGCAGAAGAACCGCCCCGCCAUGAACUACGACAAGCUGAGCCGCUCUCUGCGCUACUACUACGAGAAAGGAAUCAUGCAAAAGGUGGCGGGGGAGCGCUACGUGUACAAGUUUGUGUGCGAGCCCGAGGCGCUCAUCUCGCUGGCGUUCCCCGACAAUCAGCGGCCCAGCCUGAAGGCCGAGUUGGAGCGCUACGUCAACGAGGAGGACACGGUGCCGCUGUCCCACCUGGACGAGGGGGGGCCGCCCUACGUUGCCGCCGAACACCCGCCCCACGCCACCCAGCCCUAUUCCAAAGCCUACAUGUAUUAAAAACGCAGCCCUCCGCUCCCUUGCUGUAUCUCUGGCAAACGUCUUUGCGGCAUUGAACCUCCCCUGACGAUAAAACCUUCGUUGCGUGCUACGGGCAAAGAAAAAAAAGGGAUGUGAACCAAUUUUGCAAUUUUCAGCAGUCGACGGUUAACUUUAUUUUUGAUGGCUCACGAGUAGUUCGAAAGCUGAGCCGUGAUUGCUCGUGACGUGACCUCCAAAUACGCGACGCCAUUUUCAGUCGCCAGCAAGAGGCAAAACGCCUUUUUCCGGGCGCACGAAAAAGACUUGACUUUUUACUGCUGAAAAUUGGUUAGCAUCACUUUGAAGCAUUUCCAUGUGCUCCUCCUCCCUCCCCCACACUUGUAUAUACAGCUCUGGUGUUUUUGUGCUAACUUAAUCUCACGAGGGAGUUUUAUUAAGAGAUGGCUUAAUAAAUACUUAGUAAAUAUGUAUA